GGGAUAAAGCCUUCAGAUGGCAGAUAACAGUUCUUCAGACGGAGUUCCUUCUGAUUCCUUGGAAGCUGCUAAAAAUGCCAAUAACAAAGAGAAGCUCACAGAUCAGGUGAUGCAGAACCCUCAAGUUUUGGCAGCUUUGCAGGAACGACUUGAAAAUGUUGCUCACACGCCAUCGAGCUACAUUGAGACUUUACCCAAGGCAGUGAAGAGAAGAGUUAAUGCCUUGAAACAGCUCCAGGUGAGAUGCGCCCACAUAGAAGCCAAGUUCUAUGAGGAAGUUCACGACUUGGAAAGAAAAUACGCAGCUUUAUACCAACCUCUCUUUGACAAGAGGAGAGAGUUCAUCACUGGCGACGUUGAGCCGACAGACGCAGAAGCAGAAUGGCACAGUGAAAACGAAGAGGAGGAUAAGUUGGCUGGAGAUGUGAAAAAUAAAGUAGUCAUAGCAGAAAAAGAAGCAGCAACAGCAGAAGAGCCAAAUCCCAAAGGAAUUCCGGAGUUCUGGUUCACCAUCUUCAGAAACGUAGACAUGCUGAGUGAGUUAGUACAGGAGUAUGAUGAACCAAUCUUGAAGCACCUGCAGGAUAUUAAAGUGAGGUUCUCGGACCCUGGACAGCCUAUGUCUUUUGUAUUAGAAUUCCACUUUGAACCCAAUGACUACUUCACCAAUUCAGUCCUGACAAAAACGUACAAGAUGAAGUCUGAGCCCGAUAAAGCUGAUCCCUUUUCCUUCGAAGGCCCUGAGAUUGUCGACUGUGACGGGUGCACUAUUGACUGGAAGAAAGGAAAAAACGUCACAGUCAAAACAAUCAAGAAAAAGCAGAAGCACAAGGGCCGGGGCACUGUUAGGACCAUUACCAAGCAGGUGCCCAAUGACUCCUUCUUCAACUUCUUCAGCCCCCUGAAAGCUUCUGGGGAAGGAGAAUCACUGGACGACGAUUCUGACUUCACCCUCGCCUCCGACUUUGAGAUCGGCCACUUCUUCCGUGAGAGGAUAGUUCCCCGAGCGGUGCUGUACUUCACCGGGGAGGCCAUCGAAGAUGAUGACAACUUUGAAGAAGGCGAGGAGGGAGAAGAGGAGGAAUUAGAAGGUGAUGAGGAAGGAGAAGAAGAAGAAGAUGCCGAGAUGAACCCCAAGGUGUAAUUUUUGUCUGUUAGUCAUUCAUGCGUUUCUAG